AUGGCGGCCAAACAACCGUAUAUCCCUCCCCUGAUCAGCUGGUUGUAUGAUCUGGUGCUAUGGACCUUCUCGGUGCUCAUUGACCUGUUCUUCCGCGAGGUUCAUCCUCGCGGUUCUUGGAAGAUUCCUCGCAGAGGUCCGAUGAUUAUCGUCGCAGCUCCCCAUGCGAACCAGUUUGUCGAUUCGUUGAUUCUCAUGCGCGUUAUGCGCAGCGAAGCUCAACGUCGCAUCUCAUGGCUUAUCGCAGACAAAUCCUUCCGGCGCAGGUUUAUUGGAAUGCUGGCCAGAGGUAUCGGAACUGUGCCAGUCGCUAGAGCAAUGGACAAUACCAAACCGGGUCAAGGGACUAUCUAUUUACCCGACCCGGUUAACCACCCUACUCUAAUCCGUGGCAUUGGCACCAAUUUCGAGGCUCCGGGCUACGAAAAAGAUGGCACAAUCGCUCUGCCUACCAUCAACGGCACGUCGCACAAUACGGCCAUUGCUGAAAUUUGCGGUCCAGAGGAGCUCAUAAUCAAGAAGGUCUUCAAACACAAGGAUGCUCUCUACCAGCUUACCGGACGAAAAGACAUCACGGACGAUGGAAAAUUCACCGGGGAUGUAUCCGACAAGGACCUGGAGAACUUCCAGGGCUCGAAGUUCAAGUUUUCUCCUCACGUGGAUCAAACAGCUGUCUACCAGGCCGUAUUCAGUCGACUCAACUCGGGCGGUUGUGUCGGCAUCUUCCCGGAAGGUGGUAGCCAUGACCGUUCUGAUCUACUGCCAUUGAAGGCUGGCGUGGCAAUGAUGGCCCUUGGUACUUUGGCAGACAACCCGGACUGCGGCUUGAAGAUCGUUCCUUGUGGAAUGAAUUACUUUCAUGCGCAUAAAUUCCGGUCCAGGGCCGUGAUUGAGUUUGGGACUCCCCUCGAGGUUCCAAGGGAAUUGGUCGACCAGUAUAAGCGAGGAGAACGGCGCGAGGCUGUUGGUGCCUUGCUAGAUAUCAUCUACCAGAGCCUCGUUGCUGUUACCGUGACUAGUCCUGACUACGAGACUUUGAUGGUUAUCCAAGCCGCUCGCCGUCUAUAUAACGUCAGGGGAAAGAAGCUCCCGCUUCCGAUGGUUGUGGAGCUCAACCGCCGCCUCGUAAAGGGAUAUACUCACUUUAGAGAUGACCCCAGAAUUGUACAUCUCCGAAAAUCAAUUGCGGCCUACAAUAAACAGCUCCGUCUCCUGGGCAUCCGGGACCAUCAAGUUGAUUAUGCAAAGUUCUCUAUCAUACAAGUUGUUGCUACUCUGAUCUAUCGCUUGAUCAAACUGGUUCUGCUGACGAUUGGAACUCUGCCUGGCUUGCUCCUUUUCACUCCCGUUUUCAUCGCUACCAAGUUUAUUUCAAUCAAGAAAUCCAGGGAAGCAUUAGCAGCAUCCUCAGUCAAACUGCAAGGACGUGAUGUAAUGGCGACAUGGAAGCUCCUCAUUGCUCUCGCGUUUGCCCCGGCGGUAUAUGCUACCUAUACGGCCGUCUUUACGUACUGGACUUACCGUAACCGGAUACAAGGAUUGGUCCCUACCUGCGUUCCUCUCUGGCUAAUUGUGCCGAUUGGGAUGAUUCUGUUCCCCACUGUCACCUUUGCAGCGCUGCGGAUCGGUGAGAUUGGUAUGGAUAUUGUCAAGUCUCUUCGACCACUUGUGCUGUCUUUGAACCCGUCCUCGGUAAAUACGUUGGUAAGACUUCGUCACAGACGUGCCGCACUUGCUCAGCAGGUCACGGAAGCCAUCAACACGUUAGGUCCGGAGCUUUUCCCUGACUUCGAUGCUGCCCGGGUUAUCACAGAUCCGUUCCGGGAGAUCAACCGGUCCGACGGGAAAACCAGCGAUCCCAUUUCACUUCCGGAAAUCAGACGGACCAGUACGACCGACUACAAUGAAGGGUCUGCCACACAGGAACCACUCCCGCGCAAUGAGUCGUUCCAUAACCUUGCCAACAUCGGCUUCUUUUCGACCCGACCUGCUAGCCGAAGUCGCAGCCGCAGCCAUAGCCGGAGCAGCUCCAUUGGUGCUCGACCUGGCUCUUCAGGAAGUCACCUAAGGCCACUGAGUCAAUUGAACACCACCGGUGAUUUCGAGGAAGUAAGUUCGAAGAUUCGAGACGCCAUGAGGGAGCGUGGCGAACGUCGUCGCCGACGGAGCGAUGAUGGCAGCUGGGACAUGGCCAGCACUGGAACUAGCACGCCAUCUACUCCGGACGAUGGAAGUCGAAAAAACAUUUGA